CUCGGUGCCCAGGACGCGGCGUGGCAGGGAGACCAGCUGUCCUCCCAGCUCUACAGAAACAAGCAGGGAAAGCUUCAAGAUACUUUGCUUCAGAAGGAAGAGGAACUUGCUAGGUUACAUGAAGAAAAUAAUAACCUCCGUCAAUACCUGAAUUCUGCCCUGAUUAAGUGUUUAGAAGAAAAAGCCAAGAAACUACUGUCCUGCCAUAGCCAAAAAACCAGUGAUCUUCUCAAAAGCACCAAGAGGAGAUUAAAAGAGGAUCAUUGCUUUGUUCCUCAAGAAACCCCUCAUGCUUCCAAAGCUAGAAGGAACCUCUUUAAUGAAUUCACUGCCUGUGAAGAGCAAGCCAGCCCUGCUGUGGACAGCUGGGUCUUACAGACUUUAGGAUUAAAAGAUGUCAACACCAUUGAUGAAACUUCAGCUAACUACAGUGCCCUGACCUCAGACAUUGGAAAAGAAACGUAUUGCCUGAGCCCUGGUGAAGCAAUAGACUAUGACCACAGCGAAGGAGCAGGAGGAGCGUAUAGCUGCAGCCACCUGCCUGCGGCUAACAGCAGUACCCAUCCAUGCACCGAGGACUCUCCCUUCCUUCCUCAGUUUUCUUCAGCACCAUGCAUCUCCUCACCGGUGCCAAAUGUUUCCUCCCUCCCAGCCUAUGGGUUGCCUUAUUUGACUGGUGAUUUGUCACCCAACAAAACAGAAGUGGCCUUCACAACAUCUCUAAGUCCUCACCGCAACGUAAGAACUCACACCUUCCACCAAGGACAAGCCUUCGUACGCAGGGAUGAUGAUGGAGGAUGGAGAUUCACCUGGGUACCCAAGCACGCUGAAUAA